CAGUGAGGUACAUAUAAGUUGUUUACACUUUUAACAUAAUUUAGUCCGUGGCUGUAGCGCGUGGAAAAUGUUUAUAAAAUAUUUAACCGUAAUGUUUCUAUGGCUAUUUUUCCUUGGCAACGUAAUUUCUUCACCAGCUGCAGGUGAAUUUCGUAGUCUAGUGGACGAAGGAGAAUUUACAUUAAAGGACGAAGCGCACGUAAAGUUCAUUGUACCAGGAAGUUAUUCUUCUCAAAAAUCACAAAAUCAAACUAUACCUGAAUUAGACGAUCUUAUUGACAAGGACAAUGAACAUUAUUACAUUUUAAGUCAACAUAUAGAAGCCGGUCACACUAUGAAAGGGCUCACGUUCACAAUAUAUGACGAUAAUAUGAGAGAAGCUGCUAUUGCGCUCUUUCGCAUUUUGCAAAAUGUUGAUGAAAAUAAAAUAAACAUAAUAAAGGAAUGGGCAUACGAACGUAUCAAUAAGGAUAUUUUAGAAUAUGCUUUACGUUUAGGAUCACUACACAGAGGUGAUGAUGCUAUUGACGCACUUGCUCCACCUUUUGUGACCAAACCCAACUUUUUUGUUAACAGUGAAACAAUACAAAAAGCUCUUUACUUAAAAGUAAACAAUGGAAAGAUUGAUCCCCAAGAAGAACAAAUAUACCAAAUUUUUAGGGAACAAGAUCUGGUUAUCAUAAAUGCAAAUUAUUCAGGAUGGAAUCAAUGGAAUGAAGACUGCAAAGACAAUCUUGAUUAUUUUAGACAAGAUAUUGGUCUCAACAGCUAUUACUACGGAGUGCAUUUACUCUAUCCAUUUUGGAUGAGCAAUAACGAAUUGUCAGCAAUAGACCCAAAAUAUGCAGAAAAAUAUUAUUAUAUUCAUAGAUAUCUGAUAGCUAGAUACAGUUUGGAAAAGGAACAUCUUAAACAAAAAAAUAUAUCAACUGAUUCAAACUGUUACGAUGACUUCAUACCGUAUUUAUCUUAUGACAAUGGUUUACCAUUUUCAAGAAGAUCUUCAGUUCGUGUAGAAUUUAAUGAGGAAUAUACUCGUAUAAAAACUAUAGAUAUUGCUAUCAAGGAAUGUAUUGCGAGGGAUGUAAUGUUUAUGGAAAAUGGUACAAAAGUUGAUCUUACAGAAGACAAUUAUGUUGAUCUGCUCACUAAACUAAUUAGAGCUAAUUUCGAGAGUAUUGAAACAGCCAAAUCUAUAAGGGAGCUACUUGGUUACGGAGGCAUUGAUUAUCCGUCAGACAGAUACAAUCCAGCCCCAUCAGUUUUACACCACCCACAAACAGCUUUACGUGACCCAAUGUAUUGGUACUUGGUCCAAGGACUACUCAAAUACUUUACAGAAUAUUCUAGUACUUUGGAGCCAUAUGAUUUUUCUAAAUAUCAAAGUGAAGAUAUUGACAUAAUUCACCACAGUAUUUCAAAAAUUACUACAUAUUAUGAUUACUAUCAAAUCAGUUUGAACAAUGUGUUUAAAAACAAUGACCCAGAAAUCACAGACGUUAUAUACACUGCUAGGCAAAAGCGGAUUAAGCAUUUGCCUUUUAGUUUUGCUUUUACUGUUAGCUCUAAAGUCAAUAAAACUGCUUUAGUAAAAUUAUUUAUAGGGCCAAGAUGUCAAAGUGUAAACUGCUGGGAUAAGUAUUCUCAAUUUUAUGAACUUGAUACUUUUACUCAAGAGCUUGGAGAAGGUCUCAAUCUUGUAAAGUGGUCAUCGGAAUCAUCAGCAAAAUAUUCUAUUGAUGACUAUUUCAAUAUUGAAUCCACAACUUCUAGAAAUAACAGGUUUGAUAUGCUAAGAUUUCCAGAAAAUUUGAUUAUUCCCAAAGGUUUAAAUGAAGGGCUUCAAUUGACAUUGUUCAUUUUAAUCGUACCUGAAAAUGCUUAUUAUAAAGCACCUUUAGGAUUUCCUUUCCAUAGAGAGGUAUUAAUUAAUAGCACUGAUUGUAAUAAUUAUAAGUUUUAUAAUAUUUCUAUAUUCCACAAGGAGAAUACUAGAGAAAUGGAAGGAUACUAUUCUCCUCAUCUAAAUUAGAUCAAAACUAUAGUUAAAGUAGGUAUAAAAUUACUGAGUAAGUAUAAAUAUUAGGUAAUUGCUGGUGUAUAAUUUAUGGGGUUAAGGAUAGAAAUAAUAAAUAUUUUUAAUAUUUA